GCAUUUUCAAGGAAAUGUUUUGACAGAAAUGAAGGAGGGAUGAAUGUCACGUGCCAGUUCGAAGUGUGCUUGAAAUGAUUUCGUGCUCGAGAUGCGGUGUCGCUUUGACGUCGCGAUUGAGAACCACGAUGAAGUGGUGGAGCUCGAGUCGGCUGAGUCCGGUAUAUCCAGUGAGCAAAUCAUUUCACACGUCGAAGGCAUUUCGGGAAAGAAUCAAACAGGAGCAACAGCCAGAAACCCGCCUGUCGAUCAAGAAGAUGUUCGCGAAUGAAGAUAAGGCAAAGGAAACUUUUAUGGAGGCCAUUGAAUACUUCACGCGUCAGGAUGUUACGCAUCGACGGGGACAUGUGGAAUUUAUUUAUGCCGCCCUAAAGGAGAUGGAACCCUAUGGACUCAAUAGAGAUCUUGAAGCCUACAAGAAGAUUUUGGACGUAUUUCCGAAAGGAAAAUUCAUUCCCGAAAACCUCUUCCAGGCUGAAUUUCUGCACUAUCCUAAGCAGCAAUUCUGUGCUGUGGAUUUGCUGGAACAGAUGGAGGAAAACGGCGUGAUCCCGGACGACGAGAUGGGCGAAAUGUUGAAGAACAUUUUCGGGAGGAACGCGGUUCCUCGAAGAAAGUACAUGCGAAUGCUGUACUGGAUGCCGAAAUUCAAGCAUCUCAGUCCUUGGCCGUUGCCUGAUCCUGUUCCCGAUGAUGCUUAUGAGUUGGCGAGAUUGGGCAUGUUACGAUUGGGGACUGUGGACAUCCAAUCGGAAUUGCAUUGCUUCCAGGCUAAAGACGUUGAGGAAUCCAUCGACGAUACCUGGAUUAUUGGGGUGCAAAGUCCUACUCAGCAGGAGUUGAUGAAUCGAGUUCCCGACUCCGGUCCGAUUUUUGUGGAGGGUCCAUUCUUGCUUUGGAUGCGAAAGAAAUCUUUGGCUUAUUUUAUUUUGCGUGCAGACGCAUUUCCUCGCCCACCCCCUGUGGAUGAAGAUGAUAUCAGCAACGUUUCCGUGGCCUUCAAACGCGAGAAGGAUUUGUUGCCGGUGAAAGCACUGACUCCGUCGGUUCACGAGCAAGCCGACGGCGUGAUUCUCGCGGCAUGUGCCACCGGCACGUCAAGUCGGGACUCGUUACUCUCUUGGAUUCGUCUCCUGCAACGAACGAACCCCCGCCUCGGGGAAGUUCCCGUGGUGUUCAAGUCUCGUUCGCCGGUCGGUGCUGUGAUUGCUAUGGAUGAUCCCGAGGNGCCGGUCGGUGCUGUGAUUGCUAUGGAUGAUCCCGAGGGUCGUAAGCGGUUAGAAGAUGGCAAAGAAGGAGAGGAAGAAGACGAUCGGCCGAGGAUCAAUGCC